CUCGCCAAAUAAACAUUAAAAUCAUUUUACGAGUAAAAUAAAAGAAUCAAUUCAAGAUUGAAUUCAUGGCUUCCGUGAAAUUCUCAUUGGUUCUUUUAUUGGCUCUCACCCUCUCCUUCCAAGCCAUUGUUUUCGCUGAUAUUAUCUGCGAGAACUUGCCCGAAAAUGUUUGUGCCUUUUCUGUCUCAUCCUCGGCAAAGAGGUGCGUGUUAGAGAACUUGAUCGAGGACGACGGGAAAGUGGAGUACCAGUGCAAGACGUCAGGGGUGGUGGUCGGGAAUAACGUAGCGGAAUACAUAGAGACUGACUUGUGCGUGGAAGCAUGUGGGGUCGAUCGGGAAUCUAUUGGCAUGUCGUCGGAUUCCUUGCUUGACCCCACAUUCAUGACUAAGCUUUGCUCCCCCGCAUGUUACCAUAAUUGCCCCAACAUCGUUGACCUCUACUUCAACUUGGCCUUGGGUGAAGGAGUGUUCUUGCCCAACUUGUGCCAGAAGCAAAGUGGUAGCCUCCAACUUCAGAGCGACGGUGCUACUACUGCUGCUACUCCACGCCGCGGCAUGGCUGAAAUUUUCGGCAAUGCUGUGGCGCCUGUUGCUGAUACCGCUACUGCUGCUACUCCACGCCGCGGCAUGGCUGAAAUUUUCGGCAAUGCUGUGGCGCCUGUUGCUGAUACCGCUACACAACAAAGCUAUCCUCGUCGUGCCAUGAUUGAGAGCAGUGACAGGGCAGAGGCACCUGCCCCCAUUUCUAGUGAUGAUCUUUUAUAUUAGAGACAUUAUCUCUAUUAUAUUAGUUGUUGGGGGAGGGGAAAUGAUGGUAUCAUUGUAUAAUUUGGUUGAGGUUUGGGAUUUUAUCUCAAUAAAAGUUUGGAUCUUAUUAACUUGAUCUUUGAAUGAGAAUUA